UUAUGCUUUGAAAUGAGGCAACAUCUCGCUGGAAGCCCUGGAAAAUAAGGAAGUUGGUGAAAGGGUGCAGGGUCCCAUUUCUCUUCCCUGUCUUCUCUCGGACACAUCUCUCUCAGCCAAUCUUGGAGGAGAAUCUCACGUGGCUAAGAAAGAGGACAGGGAGAGAAGGUAGUGAGUGACAAGGAAGUUCCAUGAGACUCUCAGAAGUCCCCGCCUGAGCAUCAAACCUGAAUAACCAGGAGCAGCUGUAACCUAGGCAAACUGGCAGUGGUUCUGCUGCCCACGCUGCAGGUUUUUCAGGUCCUUGCUUGAGCGUGCACUCCCAGGCGUAAAUAAACGUGCUAUCAGCAGCCUGCGUCAGCCAGCCCAGCUAUUUAAGCAGGCUGGCAUCAGCAACCGCAGCUUCCAAACCCAGGGCUUGCCUUUGCCGCUUCCACCCGCGCCGGGACCAUGUCGGCCGAGCCCGCGAGCGGCCCCACGGAGGACCAGGUGGAGAUCCUGGAGUACAACUUCAGCAAGGUCAACAAGCACCCGGACCCCACCACGCUGUGCCUCAUCGCGGCCGAGGCCGGCCUCUCCGAGGAGGAGACCCAGAAAUGGUUUAAGCAGCGCCUGGCCCAGUGGCGGCGGUCGGAAGGCCUGCCCUCAGAGUGCAGGUCCGUCACAGACUAAGGAGACGGCGGGCAUUGACAGCUGGGCUCCAUGAAGACCGUCUGUUGUUUCUCUCCUCGGCUUAACCAAGCUGUUUUGGUUUUUCAGUGUAGUGUUGUGUUCCAUUGUUAGCUGUCCUGCUAUUUAACACAAUGUUGUAUUUUUUUAAUGUACAUAACUAGACAAGAAAAUAACAAUCGGAAGCUAUGUGCAACUUCUGUGUAAAGCAGCGGCUUGGCCGGAAAAGUGGUGUGGCUUGCGUUUCUCUUUGGGUUAUGAUGACAGAAGGUGUGAAAACCAUCUAGGUUUGCUUUUGACCAUCACCUCCCAGUAAACAAUUUGUUUUCACCAUCCAUUUCAGAGCGGUUAGGCCUUUGUUGAAAAGAUAACAUGAUGGAGAGGAGAAAACAUUUCCUUCUGAAUCUACUUCCCUAAGUUGCUUUCCUUAUGUUUUACCUAAUACAGUGAUGGUGGCGUGAGAAUACAGAGGGGUAUUCCAGUCAUUCAAAUUUCAUAAAACAGUUCUUUGGAUUAUAGCUGCAUUAACUUGGAAAGAACCCACUUAGGCUAGAAGACAGAAACUCCAACUGAUAGCAAACCAAGUAACUAAGAAAAAAAUCCACAAAACGUCUUGAAUUCACCUUAUUUAAAUGCAUUGGUUGAAUUUAUUUUGCUAAUUAAAAUGAACUGCUUUUUGUCUCUAAAAUGAUAUUCUAAAUAAAACUUUAACUUUUUGUUGAAAA